AUGUCUAACGUAUUCCUCGACCUCAAGACGCCGACUACCGGCCCCUACAAGCAACCCACCGGACUGUUUAUCAAUAACGAGUUCAUCGAGGGUGUCGAAAAGAAGACGUUUGAGGUCAUCAACCCGUCUACAGAAGAGGUCAUCUGCUCAGUGCACGAGGCCACCGAAAAGGACGUCGAUGUCGCCGUAGCCGCGGCGCGGAAGGCCUUUGACGGCCCCUGGCGCCGAGUCACCCCCCAACAGCGCGGCAUUUACCUGCUGAAGCUUGCCGAACUCUGCGAAAAGAACCUCGACCUCCUGGCUUCAGUCGAGUCUCUCGAUAAUGGCAAAUCCAUCACCAUGGCUCGUGGCGAUGUUGGCGCCGUGAUCGGUUGCAUCCGCUACUAUGGCGGCUGGGCCGACAAGAUCGAGGGCAGGACGAUUGAUAUCAACCCGGACAUGUUCCACUACACAAGGCGGGAGCCCAUUGGUGUUUGCGGUCAAAUCAUCCCCUGGAACUUCCCGCUGCUCAUGCUGGCGUGGAAGAUCGGCCCUGCGCUGGCCACCGGCAACACUGUCGUCCUCAAAACCGCUGAGCAGACACCCCUUUCCGGUCUGGUUUUCGCCUCGCUGGUGAAGGAGGCUGGUUUCCCCCCCGGCGUCCUCAACAUCAUCUCGGGUUUCGGCAAGACCGCCGGCGCCGCCCUCUCGUCGCACAUGGACGUCGACAAGAUCGCCUUCACCGGCUCGACCCUGAUCGGGCGCACCAUCAUGAAGGCGGCGGCGUCGUCGAACCUGAAGAAGGUGACCCUCGAGCUCGGCGGCAAGUCGCCCAACAUCAUCUUCAACGACGCCGACAUUGAGGAAGCCAUCAGCUGGGUCAACUUCGGGAUCUACUACAACCACGGCCAGUGCUGCUGCGCCGGGUCCCGCAUCUACGUGCAGGAGGGCAUCUACGACAAGUUCAUUGAGGCCUUCAAGGCGCGCGCCCUGCAGAACAAGGUGGGUGACCCGUUCCACCCGGAGACCUUCCAGGGGCCGCAGGUCAGCCAACUGCAAUACGACCGCAUCAUGGGCUACAUCCAGUCCGGCAAGGAGCAGGGUGCCACCGUGGUGACGGGCGGCGAGCGCCACGGCGACAAGGGCUACUUCAUCCAGCCGACCAUCUUUUCCGAUGUGUCGCAGGACAUGAAGAUCAUGCAGGAAGAGAUCUUUGGCCCCGUGUGCGCCAUCGCCAAGUUCUCGACCGAGGAGGACGCCAUCCGGCUCGGCAACGACACCGCGUACGGCCUGGCCGCGUCGGUCCACACCAAGGACCUCAACACGGCCAUCCGUGUGAGCAAUGCGAUCAAGGCUGGUACCGUCUGGGUCAACUGCCACAACAUGCUCAACCACGCCCUGCCAUUCGGCGGCUUCAAGUCUUCCGGCAUCGGUCGUGAGCUCGGCGAGUUGGCGCUGAACAACUACACCGAAUACAAGAGUGUUGCCAUCAACAUGGCCGGCAAGCUGUUUUAA